CUCCCGCGCCACUGAAUGGUCUCGCCCAGCCCCAGCUGCUGGUUAAAUUUUGCAAAACAACAGAAGAAGCAACAGAUCAGAGCAAGUUCCGAGAGGGGAAGCAACUUCGCAGCGAUACCUCCACGGGUGGAUGGAUGCGCUGCCUCGGGGCGCUGCCUCGGGGCGCCGCCACGGUGGCUGUGCGCGUCUCGCCUCGAGGAGGACGUGGUUGUCAAGCGAGACGGCGGGCACGGCGUGUCCGUGACGUCGGAUGCACAGUCCUGCAAAUUCCUGUUCGCGCCACUGCUGGCGGAAGGAUCUUCUGCUAGAGGGAGCUCCAGAGAAGCCCCUCUGGAGAGUAUUUGGCCUACUCUUCCACGCUUACGGCAAGACGUCUUGGAAAAAGGAGCGGCUUCACGAGAUCCACGAGCAGUGCCAGCGCCACCCUCGGCAGCAGCCCUCUCACCCGAGCUGGCAGAAGCGAUGGCGUCCGAGCUUCAGGACAUCCAGUUGACCGAGGCGAAACCACUGCUGGUGGAGAACGUCCCCACGCCCGUGCCCGUCAUCCCCGAGACCGCGGAAGGUGAAGUCUCUGCAGAAACCUUCAUCGAUGUUGAGAGCAAGGAGCACGACAUCCAGACGGGGUACGGCCUGUUGCACGUGACCGUACGCGGCUCUGGCAAGGGCAACCGCCCCGCAAUCCUCACCUACCACGACAUCGGCCUGAACCACAAAUCGUGCUUCAACGCCCUCUUCAACUACGAGGACAUGCAGGAGAUCAUCAAGAACUUCGCCGUCUACCACAUCGACGCUCCGGGCCAGCAGCCAGGGGCGCCGCUGUUCCCGCAGGGGUACCAGUACCCGUCCAUGGACCAGCUGGCCGACAUGCUGCCCGGGGUCAUGACCCAUUUCAGCCUGAAGAGCAUCAUUGGGAUUGGAGUGGGCGCAGGCUCAUACGUGCUGGCGCGGAUGGCCAUGAACAACCCGAGCCUGGUCGAGGGCCUGGUGCUCAUCAACAUCGAGCCGCACGCCAAGGGCUGGUUCGACUGGGCAGCGUCCAAGAUCACCAACCUGACCAACACCCUGACUGACACCGUCCUCUCUCAUCACUUCAGCCAGUCGGAGCUGAGCAACAAUGCAGACCUGAUGCAGACCUACAAGCAGCACAUGCUGGAGGAGAUCAACCAGCAGAACCUGUCCCUCUUCGUCAAUGCCUACAACAGCCGGAGAGACCUGGACCUGGGGAAAGCAUCGCUGGGGCAGCCGGCUAAGACUCUCAAGUGUCCUGUGAUGCUGGUGGUUGGAGACUCCUCGCCGAUGGUGGACGCUGUGGUAAGCGGGCAUCUGGGUGGCGACGUGCACGGCCGGCGUCUCGCUCGUCGCUCGGCUGGCUCUCUCCAUCCCGGGCUCCUCGGGGUUCUUUCUCUCCUCCUGAUGAGCCGCAGCCGUUCACGAAGCCCCCCCCCCCCCCCCUUCCCCCCGCGUCGUGUCGACAGUGCGAGCUGGUCGAUCAUGCUUCACCACGCUCGGCAGUGCGUGCGUUGGUCAAGCCGUCACCCGGGUCCCGUUGAGAUGUCAAUCUCGCCGCCGAUGUUGGCAGCAGUCGAGAAUCGACCUCGGGUCGCCGGGUUCGCGCCUCAAAGCGCGAACCACCGCGCCACCGCUCUGGCCUAAACGUCGCUGUAAACC